CGUGGCAAUAAACCACAGUAAAUGAUUGAUUACCAUACACGAUUCUGGCACUCUUUGGAAUGUUCAUUUUUCCUUCACGAGGCGUCCAUGUCCAUCUCCAUCAAAUGUCUUGAAAGGUCAGUAGCAUUUACCGGACUGGUGGGAUCCGAGAUUCACUCGUCAGUCUCUAUCUACGAACUGAAGAAGAUAAACCUGUCUUUUCUUUUUUCUUCUUUCCCCUUUUUUCAACCCAAAGACCCGAUUUUUAUCCAUUUCUGAGUAUUUAUUUCUCUCUUUUUUUUGUUUUGAAAUUAUUGCCGAAAAUUCAGGAGCAAGUGAAGAAUUGCAAACGUUUGACUCAAACUUCUCCCAACCGUUUCCUCCCCUUCUCACGCCAAGAAAGUUUCUAAACUUUAUCGGAAGAGUCUUUUACAUUUUCCCAGGUUUCUGAUUGAUCUAAGGUUGUCGGCUUUCUUGAUUCUCUGGGAAUCUGGUCCCUGUAAUCUGGGCUUGAUCCAAGGAUUUUUCUUGUCACAUUUUGAGUUUGAAGCUCUGUGGCACUGGUUUCAAUUUCAAUUUGAUCGACUUGGGAAUUGGUUACAUAACUUACAUUUGGAUUUAGGAAUCGAUCCAAGCAGAUUUUAAGGUACAUUGGUUGAGAAAAGAUCAAAGAAUUUGUGUGGUUGUUUGUUUUUCAUCCGAGGAUUCGGAUAGAGGCAAUGUGGGAUUUGGGUUUGGGGAAAUUUAGGGUUUGAAAUCAUGGGAUGUAUGUGUUCAAAAGGGGUAGUAUCUUCAGAAGAUAAGCAUGGAAAUCGCAGUAUAAAGAAGGGGAAAGAAAUCAAGACACAUUCAUCAAAGCGUUCCGGGUUAUCCUAUAGAAAGGAGGAAGUAGUUGCCGAGGUUGAUGAUGUCACUAGUGAGGUCACUACCCGGCUCAUCUCUCCGCCAGCUAGCUGGGAAGAGGGAAAGCCAGGUGGGCCCCAUGUUCAAAUGAGCGGGCCCAGUAUAGACGCCGGAGAGGCAGGCAGUGUGGAAGUGCAACAGCCUCAGAUUACGAACGUGUUUGGAGUGAGGAAUGGAGUCGAUGGUGCCCAGGUUGUUGCAGGAUGGCCAUCAUGGCUGACUGAUGUGGUGGGGGAAGCUAUCAAGGGGUGGGUCCCACGAAAGGCGGAUUCAUUUGAGAAGUUAGAUAAGAUUGGUCAAGGGACGUAUAGCAGCGUCUAUAGAGCUCACGACCUAGAAACCAAAAAACUAGUUGCCUUAAAGAAAGUAAGGUUCGUAAACAUGGAUCCCGAGAGCGUUCGAUUCAUGGCAAGAGAAAUCAUAAUACUGCGUAGGCUUGACCACCCAAACGUAAUGAAGCUUGAAGGUCUUGUGACUUCUCGAGUUUCAGGACAUUUAUAUCUUGUGUUUGAAUACAUGGAGCAUGAUCUUGCAGGUCUUGUGGCCUCCCCCGCUAUCAGGUUUACAGAGUCACAGAUAAAGUGUUAUAUGCAACAGCUGUUUCAUGGGCUGGAGCACUGUCAUAGCCGCGGGGUUUUGCACCGCGACAUAAAAGGCUCAAACCUUCUGAUUGACAACAAUGGGAAUCUCAAGAUUGGCGAUUUUGGGCUUGCUACAUUCGUUCGGGCCAAUCAGCCACUGACGAGUCGUGUGGUCACUUUGUGGUAUCGUCCGCCGGAGCUUUUGCUGGGUGCUACUCACUAUGGAGUAGCUGUGGAUAUGUGGAGUUCUGGUUGCAUUCUUGCUGAAUUGUUUGCUGGAAAACCCAUCUUGCCUGGAAGAACAGAGGUUGAACAACUACAUAAAAUCUUCAAACUCUGUGGAUCACCAUCUGAUGAAUACUGGUUAAAAUCAAAACUGCCACAUGCAACGAUCUUCAAACCUCAACAGCCUUAUAAACGCCGUUUCUCAGAGACAUUCAACGACUUCCCUCCUUCAGCGUUGUCCAUUCUUGAUUCUCUCCUCGCUUUUGAACCGGAGUGUCGCGGAUCUGCAACCUCAGCUCUUCAAAGUGAGUUCUUCACAACAGACCCUCUUCCAUGUGAUCCAUCUUCUCUGCCGAAGUACCCGCCAAGCAAGGAAUUUGAUGCCAAGAUGCGUGAUGAGGAAGUUAGGCGGCAAAAAGGUGGCGGUAAUAAGGAUACCUGCACAUCUAAAGAUGUGCCUGCACCAGUUGCUAACGCUGAGUUGCAAUCAUCCAUUCAGAAACGCCGAGGGCAGUCGAACCUCAAGUGUGUCAGCGAGCAGUACGAUCCUGCAGACAGGGGUAAUUCGGUCUUUCCAGGCGUUCCCUCCAGAGGAUCUGCAUACAAUGGUAAUCUCGAGAUGCACGAGGUAUGGAACGAGCUCGGUUCUUCGGGCUGUGGUCAUGCAGAGCUUAGAACACAGAGGUCAUACCGACCUCAAGGAGUAGGUGCAGGUGCAGAAUUGUCAAGAUUCUCGAAUUCGUUGGCAGCCAGUGGUGGCAGUUCAAGAUUUGAUCUCGUCCAAUCGAAUUGGCCUGAUAAGCGGUUCGGGACAAAAUAUAAUCCCUUGAAUGACCCCGAGUCGUCUCAUUCUUUGCUUGGGAUUGGAGGAAAUCAUGGCUUUAAGAAGAAUCCGCAACCGACUAGAAAGGAGUGCACAAGGGGUUUUGGUCAAAAGAGUAAUAAGCGAAUGCACUACUCGGGGCCUUUGCUCACGCCGGUGGGUAACAUAGAAGAGAUCCUAAAGGAACACGAGAGACAGAUCCAAAACGCCGUGCGCAAAGCGCGCCUCAACAACAGCACCACCAAGCACACGAAGGUGUACAACGACCAAACGACGUCCCUCCUUCAUUACGUGGGGACCACCGGACGGUAGCAAUGGUUGGGAAGAACUUUUUUUUGAACCGUGUAUAGUGCGGCUCGGUUUCAUACUCGGAGUAGAAAGGGUCAUGUUACGGUCAUACAGAUGGCGUUACACCGAUACAGUGCACACCAAGGUGUCAACCUUGGUGUCAUCCUCGGCGGUUAAAGUAGCGUUGUUGCAAAAAAUGCAUAGGAGAGACCGGACCGGGCCAACAUUUGAUUCGAACUAUAGAUGAAUAGAGAUAUAGAGUCCACCAAGCAAAGAUUUCCAAUGUGCAAAUUGACCUUCAAAAUUGUUGUCCUUAAAUGUAAUUAAUUCAUUGGAAUCAU